CGGGCAAAUCUAUCAGUAUAAAACGACGCCCUCGAGCUUCUCACGGAUAUAUCGGCCAGGAAAAGUUCUUGCAUAGUUCUCUCGAAAGUUUCGAAAGUUUCUCUGCGUUUCGCGACAAUGUCUUACACGGGAAGGAGGAGUAACUACGACGAUUCCAACACCGAGGGCGUAGCCACAGGGGAGGACAACUAUAGCGGCGGCUAUGGAGGAGGAAGGAGCAAGAAUUCUUCCAACUACGACGACAAUGAGGAUGGAUACAAGGCCAAAUCUGACGACUACGGCAGUGGAGGUGGUGGUUAUGGCGGCAGAAAGUCCGACGGCUACAGCAAGAAAUCUGACGACUACGACAACGAAGGUGAAGGCUACGGGAGAAAAUCCGAUGACUACUCCAGUGGAUAUGGCAAGAAAUCCGACGAUUACAGCGGUGGAGGCUACGGGAAAACCUCCGACGAGUUCAGCACCGAUUCGGAAAAAAAGAGCGAUGAAUUUGGAGGCUAUGGAAAGAAGAGCGAUGACGUUGGAGGUUAUGGAACGAAGAGCGACGACUACAGCUAUGGUGACCGAACGAAGAAACCGGAGGAGGAAGACUACACUCAAGGAGAUGGCUAUGGUGGGCGGAGUAAGAAACAAGAGGAUGGCGAUUACGAUCGAAGCUCCGGAUAUGGUGUCCGAAAGGACAACGAGUCGAUGGAUGACAGUGACUACACAAGCUCGAAAAUGCAGGAAGACGUGAAGGGGAGACUGGACGAUGCCAAGGCGAGCCUUGGCAGUGCGGGAGGCAUGUAUGAAGCCGGAGCAAGGAACAAAACCGAGGCUGGAUCUGGCGGGUAUGCGAUUUACGAGGACCGCGAGAAGGAGGAAAGCAAGGACGGAGAACUGGAGGAUCAAGAACAAGGAGACAAGAAGAAGAGGCACCACUUUUUUAAUUAAGAGAUCAAGCACCGAAAGUGGCUCUUUUGCUUUCCAGAAUCACCACCACUUUGUGGAAAGAACGAUGAUAAAGAUCAAAGAUCACUAUAUAGUUAGCGAUUUGUAUGGUUUUUAAAAUAAGUGGAAGAUCAAAGCUAUGGUGGAA